AUGCUUCAGCGUAGACUUGGGCCAGUUGCCUUGCUCGUGGCGAACGCUUUGAGCAUGAUCGUCCGAAUCACGUUCACGAGCUCGUAUAUACGCAAGCGCUUUGCGAGCCAAAAGGCAAAUGCACGCUUGAAGUUCCUCUCAAAAACAUAUCUUUCGGCCUUGGUCAUUUUCUCGAUCGUUGCCAGGCUCUCGGACCAGGCGUUACGUCGUGACCCGAGCGCCCUCGGUUUACUAGCGCACACUGGGUGCGGGGCGAUAAUACUCGCCAUUCUCCUCGUCACGCUCUACUUUUACGAGCGCGAUGCGUUCUUGUACUUAUCGAGACAUGAUAAAAGCGAUUAG